AUGGUCGCAGACCUCCCACUCACUACCAUCCCUCCCUCGAGGCCACACACUCAUACCGUCAUAUUUCUGCACAGCAACCAGAUCUUUGCGCGCGAUACUGUCAACCAAUUGCACGAAGCAACUGAUCUUUCAUGGCGAUCCAUUAUCCAGAACUUUGCAUCUACCAGGUGGGUAUUUCCUCAAGCACCCACUGACGAACCUCUUGUACCAUCUCUACUGGGCGAGCCAAGUUGGUGGAGAAGCAAUACGGAUGAUGGCGACGAAGAAAGGCGAUUGCGAAACAUGCUGCCCGGGCUAAGAGAGAGGGUUCGCGAGCUACAAAAGGUCAUACGGAACGAGGCCGCGAUGCUGGGCGGCCGCUGGGACAGGAUCAUCCUAGGCGGGAUCGGCCAUGGUGCAGGCAUGGCGAUGAUGACGCUGAUGAGUCUGGAAGGCAAUCUCUCAAUGAACGUUGGUGGCAACAGACCUCAACAACUGGGCUGCUUUGUGGGGAUAUCAGGCGAGAUGCCCAUGUCCGACACAAGGCUCUCCUCGACACAACAGCUAUUCAACCCAAACGGCAUUCCACCAACAGAGAACCAGGUGCUCAAGAAGACGCCUGUUUUACUGCAGUGCUUUUGCAACGGUGGGGACGCGUACAUGGAGAGGGGCAGGGCCUUUCGGGAUUUGCUCCUUGAGAGUGACGUUGAGGAUGUUUGCUGGAAGGAGUAUGAGGAUGGACAUCCGUUUAUGAAUUCUCCGAGGGGGGUGGAGGAUAUGAAGGAUUUCUUCAAGGAUAGGAUGAAUAUGAGGCCGAACUGGUGA